AUGGUGAAGCAGGAGAGGCUUGCCGGCGAGUUUUGGAACCCGCAGCGGCAAGGCGCCAAGUGGGCACUGGCUAGUGCCAUCGCUGGCGGCAAAAACGGAAGUGGUGGAGUCGAGUUCUCAACCACUCAUUUCCUGUCUUCCUUCUUCUCCAAUAUCCCGUCUUCCUUGUACGCUCACCCUUCUCUCACCUCCACCUGCUCUCUCCCUUCCUUCGUAAUCAAUCUCCGCUUCCGCAAUUCCCGCCUCUCUGCCCUACCCGACGACGCUUCUGGCGGAUCUCGUGGACCUGGAGGCUCCGAUUCCGGCGGCGAUAGUGGCGGCGGCGACGGCAGCCACGCUGGUGGAGGAGAUAAUUGGUCAUUCUUGUCAUGGUAUUUGGCUGUUCUUGGAAAAAACCCUGUUGCAGUAAAAGCUAUAACAUCUGCAAUUUUGACACUAAUUGGAGAUUUGAUAUGCCAGCUUGUAAUAGACCAAGUGCGGUAUUUGGACUUGAAGAGGAUGUUUAUUUUCACUCUGCUUGGUUUUGUCUUAGUAGGUCCAACAUUGCAUUUCUGGUACUUGUAUCUAAGUAAAUUGGUUACACUACCUGGAGCAUUGGGUGCACUUUUGCGUCUUGUAAUUGAUCAGUUCUUAUUUUCCCCCGUAUUCAUUGCGGUUUUCUUAGCUACAUUGGUCACACUUGAGGGAGGGCCAUCACAAGCUAUCCCCAAACUUAAACAGGAGUGGUUUUCUUCUGUUGUGGCAAACUGGCAAUUAUGGAUACCUUUUCAAUUUCUCAACUUCAGAUUUGUUCCGCAGCAAUUCCAGGUCCUUGCUGCUAAUGUUAUUGCUUUGGUAUGGAAUGUUAUUCUCUCAUUUAAGGCGCACAAAGUUGUUCAAAAAUAGGCAAGCUUCAUGUUCAGCGAAUACAGAGGACCUAAAUUUAACUAGCCUCAUUAUUUAAGGAAUUCUAAUGUAUAUGAGUGAGGCACCAAGCAAAAGAU